CUCCCCACCACUAACUCUACUGCAACUCGACCGUGCGUGUUCUGUAUUUUUGGGAGUGCUCUCUGUGAAAUUUCGCCGCAAACAGGAUUCCAGAGUCCUGGAAACAAAGUGAUAGCCACGCGAAACUGCCUUUCAAACGCUCCCGCCUGUUUGUGUGUCCAGUCGCGAGCGUGUGUCCGCGUUCGGCAGUGUGCGUGUGUGAGAACGAGCGAGGGAGAGAGAGCGGGGCAGCCGCAACUGGGAAGUCUGAUUGCCAAUAUUUCCACAACUCGGCAAUGUCGUCGAGCGGUCAACAAUUGAUGGCCGAUUCGCCAGCCUGCAGCUCCACUGACCACUCGCCGCUGGCCAAAAAGAGGCGAUUGGAAUCGGACGGAGGGGGUAUGGAAGUAGAUGCCGGCGGAGCAACGAGCAGUAGCGGCAGCAACAACCACGAAAGUCACGACAAAGCAGGCGGCGUUGACAUUUCGAGCGAGACGACUAGCGAGCGCCAGCUGGAAUUGUGCGUAUCGUCGUCCACCUCUGACACAUGCGUCGUAAGUGCGACGGCGAAGCGAGCCGAAAAGCAGAGGGAGAAACAGAAGCAGGGAAGCGGCGACGACGUUAGUACUUCGUCAGCCGUGGAAAAGGAAGCAAGCAAGCGCCCGGAGAAGCGCAAUUACCUGGACACCACCACUGAGCCGCAAGAAGAAGCCUCCUCCAGCGGAUCCACCAACAACAGCAACAACAACAACAGCGUCAGCUCCAGCAACAACAAUAGCUCGAACAACACCAACAGCAGUCGGCACCUGGAAGGAAGCAGCAGCAUGGCUGGAAACAGUGCCGCCGCCGGCGGAGAUAUCGAUGAAUCGUUGUACUCGCGCCAAUUGUACGUCCUGGGUCAUGACGCCAUGCGCCGGAUGGCCAAUUCCGACAUCCUUUUGUCGGGACUCGGAGGACUGGGCCUGGAAAUCGCCAAGAAUGUGAUUCUGGGCGGUGUGAAAUCGAUCACCCUGCAUGACACAGCAACUUGUGGGAUCCAUGACUUAUCAUCGCAGUUCUAUCUCACGGAGGCCGACAUUGGCAAGAAUCGGGCGGAGGCCUCCUGCGCCCAGUUGGCAGAGUUAAACAGCUAUGUGCGCACCUUAACCCACACCGGACCGCUUACCGAGGAGUUUCUGCGCCAGUUCCGCGUGGUGGUGCUUACCAACUCGGAUGCGGAGGAGCAGCAGCGGAUUGGCAAGUUUGCCCACGAAAAUGGGAUUGCCCUGAUAAUCGCCGAGACGCGGGGAUUGUUUGCCAAGGUGUUCUGUGACUUUGGCGAGAACUUUACCAUCUACGACCAGGAUGGCACCCAGCCGGUGUCCACCAUGAUUGCCAGCAUCACGCACGACGCUCAGGGAGUGGUUACGUGCCUGGACGAGACUCGUCACGGAUUUAACGACGGUGACCAUGUCACGUUCUCGGAGGUUCAGGGCAUGCAGGAGUUGAACGGCUGCCAGCCCAUCAAAAUCACUGUGCUGGGACCCUAUACCUUCAGCAUCGGUGACACCAGCAAGUUCGGCGAGUACAAGAGCGGUGGUGUUGCCACCCAAGUUAAGAUGCCCAAGACCAUCAGCUUCAAGCCUCUGGCGCAGGCCACCGAGGAGCCUGAGUUCCUGAUCUCCGAUUUCGCCAAGCUCGAAUCCCCGGCCGCUCUCCACCUGGCCUUUAAUGCACUAUCCUGCUACCGCAAGGCCCACAACGGAGCCUUGCCGCGACCCUGGAAUGAGGUGGACGCUAACAGCUUCCUCGAGGUGUGCCGGGCCAGCAGCAGCUCGGAAGUGGACGAGAAGCUGGUGCUGCAAUUCGCCAAGAUCUGCUCGGGCAACACGUGCCCGCUGGACGCGGCCGUUGGCGGAAUUGUGGCCCAGGAGGUGCUCAAGGCUUGCAGCGGCAAGUUCACUCCGAUCUAUCAGUGGCUAUACUUCGAUGCCCUAGAGUGUCUGCCCGUGGAGGGCGUAUCGGAGGAGGACGCACAGCCCUCGGGCUCGCGUUACGAUUCCCAGAUUGCCAUCUUCGGCAAGAAGUUCCAGGAGAAGCUAGCCGACGCCAAGUGGUUUAUUGUCGGAGCCGGAGCCAUUGGUUGUGAGCUGCUGAAGAAUUUUGGUAUGCUGGGACUGGGAGCUGGCAAGGGCCAGAUUUUCGUCACCGACAUGGAUCUCAUUGAGAAGUCGAAUCUGAACCGUCAGUUCCUGUUCCGGCCGCACGACGUGCAGAAGCCGAAGUCCAUGACUGCGGCCGCCGCUAUUAAGCGCAUGAAUCCGGAUGUGAACGUCACCGCCUACGAACUGCGUGUGGGCGCCGAGACGGAGAAAGUCUUCUCCGAGGACUUCUUUGGCAAACUGGACGGCGUGGCCAAUGCUCUAGACAAUGUAGAUGCCCGAAUCUAUAUGGAUCGCAAGUGCAUCUUCAACCGUAUCCCGCUGGUCGAGACCGGAACACUUGGAACCUUGGGCAACGUCCAGGUGAUCGUACCCUUCGCCACCGAGUCGUACAGCUCGUCGCAGGAUCCGCCCGAGAAGAGUAUUCCCAUCUGCACGCUGAAGAACUUCCCAAAUGCCAUCGAGCAUACUCUGCAGUGGGCGCGCGACGCCUUUGAGGGCGUCUUCAAACAGUCCGCAGAGAACGCUGCUCAGUACAUUGCCGAUCCGCAGUUCACAGAGCGGAUUGCCAAGCUUCCCGGUAUUCAACCUUUAGAGAUUCUGGAUUCAAUCAAGAAAGCACUGAUCGACGACAAGCCCAAGAGUUUUGCACACUGCGUGGAGUGGGCCCGUCUCUACUGGGAGGAUCAGUAUGUUAACCAGAUAAAGCAGCUGCUCUUCAACUUCCCACCCGAUCAGACUACAUCCAGUGGUCAGCCGUUUUGGUCCGGACCCAAGCGGUGCCCAGAUCCUCUGGUGUUUGAUGUGAACGAUCCCAUGCACCUGGACUUUAUCUACGCCGGGGCUAAUCUGCGAGCGGAGGUCUAUGGAAUUGAGCAGGUUCGCAAUCGCGAGACGAUUGCCGAACUGGUGCAGCAGGUUAAGGUGCCAGAGUUCAAGCCCCGUUCGGGCGUGAAGAUCGAGACUAAUGAGGCAGCUGCCGCCGCCUCGGCCAACAACUUUGAUGAUGGCGAGCUGGACCAGGACCGCGUUGACAAAAUCAUCACGGAGCUGCUGAAGAACGCCGACAAGAGCUACAAGAUCACGCCGCUGGAGUUUGAGAAGGACGACGACAGCAACUUGCACAUGGACUUCAUUGUGGCCUGCUCAAACCUGCGCGCCGCCAACUACAAGAUCCCACCAGCCGAUCGCCACAAGUCUAAACUGAUUGCCGGUAAGAUCAUACCUGCCAUUGCCACCACCACAUCGGUACUCUCUGGCUUGGCUACGCUGGAGGUGAUAAAGCUAAUUGUCGGCCACCGGGAUCUCGAAAAGUUCAAGAACGGCUUUGCCAAUCUAGCGCUGCCCUUCAUGGCUUUCUCCGAGCCGUUGCCCGCUGCCAAGAACACAUACUACGGAAAGGAGUGGACACUGUGGGACCGAUUUGAGGUGACCGGAGAGCUGUCGCUGCAGGAGUUCCUCAACUACUUCGAGGAGAACGAGAAGCUAAAGAUCACGAUGCUGUCGCAAGGAGUCUCCAUGCUGUAUUCGUUCUUCAUGCCCAAGGCCAAGUGCUCCGAGCGGCUGCCGCUGCCCAUGUCGGAGGUAGUGCGUCGCGUGUCCAAGCGCCGCCUCGAAUCGCACGAGCGUUCCCUGGUCUUUGAAAUCUGCUGCAACGACGUCGACGGCGAGGAUGUGGAGGUACCCUACGUCCGCUACACGCUUCCCUAAGCCCAUAUAUAUUCCUAAUUUAACCAUUAAAUUAUUUUACGAUCCCGUUUCGUCUUGGCGCCGCGUUUUGGAGUCGCGCAACUCUAAGGCAGAAGUUAUUGUCUAGCUGUUUGCAUUUUAAUUUACACAACACCAUUACAAAGAACAGCCCAGAUCUAGAAAUUAUAUAUUAUGUGUGUGUAUCCUCUAAGGAAUGGCAAAUGAAUUCGCAUCAUACGAAAUACAAAGACUCGACUUAAAGCAAAAACUUAACUGCAUCUGAAGAAACUCUCUGCUCAGCAUAGUUGUAAAAGUAACGAAUUACGGAAAACCGAAAGCGGAUUUAAAUCGCAUUGAGUAAUUGGAAAUUGGAUACUGAAUGAGCCAGGCGGAAAAUUUCACACUUCACUCAUAUAUUUUUUUUAUAUGAAAGUAUAAACUAAUUACGUCAUUGUAUUAAAAAGGAGCAAAGCAAAUGAAUAAAGCUGUAUAUUUCAUAUGGUAA